AUGGGUCUGGAUUUCAAUAGUGACUUAGCGAGCCUUGAUGCCAAAAUGUUGCAAUUUCCUGAGCUGGAGGUGCCUAUUCUGACCGUCGAAGCCAAUCGUCAUCUCGCCGAGAAGCUUUUUGAUCAAUUUCAUCAUCAAAGAGUGCCUUUGGUUAUACUUGUUUGUGGUACUGCAUGUGUGGGAAAAUCUACAAUUGCUACUCAACUUGCUCAGCGGCUAAACUUGCCAAAUGUUUUGCAGACUGGCAUGGUGUAUGAACUCCUACGCACAGCAACAGAUGCACCAUUAGCAUCUUCCCCUGUUUGGGCUAGAGAUUUCAGCUCAUCUGAGGAACUAAUAACUGAGUUUUGUAGAGAAUGUUGGAUUGUUCGUAAAGGUUUGGCUGGUGAUUUGAAGAAAGCGAUGAAAGAUGGGAAGCCGAUUAUAAUUGAGGGAAUGCAUUUGGAUCCAAGUAUCUACUUAAUGGAUGAUGAAAAUAAAUUAUCAGCAGCCUUGCCAGCAAUAGUUAAAGAGAAGUCUUUGGAGAAUGAUAAAAAUGGAAUGGUAGUUGAGAAUGAUUCUAGUACUGAAUGUGGUAAUCAAGGCAAGAGCGAUUCCGGUCAUCAGGAAGGGAGAUCAGGGGAAUUGGUAUCUGACAUGGAUAGAGUUGCGGACGAUCUGAAAUCUUUGGAUAUAGGUAGCGGUCUACCUGAUAAUAAAGGUGAAACUGUUAGAGAUUCUGAAGCAGACAAGGCUCCUUCAGUCAAAAGAGAAAAGUCAGGUCCUGAACCCAUAAUAGUUCCAAUAAUCCUAAAGAUGGCCGACUUUGAUCAUAAGGCAUUGCUAGAGGAAUGGAUAUCUACUCGUAGCUGUGAAAAAUAUCCAAUUAAGGACAAAGAUAAGCUAAUAAGCAACUUAAAAACAAUCCAGGAUUAUCUCUGUUCAUUUAAGUCACAGGGUUUAACAGUUGUCAACAUAUCUGCAACAACCUUCCCCCAAACACUGGAUUGGCUACACAAUUAUCUUCUUCAGUGUAUUGAGCAGGGUACAUCGUCUGUUUCUAGUGGGAAUUAUGGGCAGAUGGUGGAAAAUUAG